UGAGUGGUACGAUGCUUUGUUUAGUACUAGUCCAAUGGUUGAACUUUUGCUAAGAUGUUGAUGAAGGAUUACCUUCGUUGAUAUUCAUUUGAAUAUAGAUAUGGCUCUUGAAUGUGGACGGAACGUCGUCAUACCUUUCCUUAUAUCAAUCAAUGUUGUGCUUUUUACGCUUGCAUUCGGUGUUUUAAUAAUCGGCGCCAUGAUGAAAUCUGAUGUGUCGUCAAUAAAAGAUGAAACAAAAACAGUCCUUAACAGUGUGAAAUCAGGAGAUUCUGACUUAGGAAACCUUGCGGACAACUUGUCAACUUUAUUUAUCGUCGUUGGAGUAUUCAUUUCAUUGGUAUCUGGAGUGUUCGUAGGAGUCUUCAUUUUAUUGGUAUUUGAUCUCCGAUUAUGUGGCGAUUGCAAGCAAACUAAAGUAUUGCUUGUGCUUUAUGCAGUUUCAGUAUUGGUGUUAUUUGUGAUAAAGAUAGUGGCUAUUUCCCUGUGGUUUAGAAUGAAGAAUGAUAUUGAGGCAAACCUCCGAGAUAAAUUGGUUGAUUCUCUCCAUAAAAACUUUGUGAGUGAUUCAAUAAGCGGUGGAAACGACUUCUCAAAUGGUUGGAACAGGAUAUUUAUAUCAUUGGACUGUUGUGCCGUUAAUAAUGUGGCAUCAACUACAAAUGAUUUUGACAAUACCCCUUGGUGCACCACUAGUGGGGAAUGUCAGCUUACAAAUGCCGAGAUUCCUAAGGCGUGCUGUGUGGGAGUCACUGAAACUAAUUAUACUUCAGCCCCGAUAUCAUGUUUCUACAAUUUAAAUUCUGGAACGUAUAACACAAAGGGAUGUUAUGAGUCUAUAAACGACUUGUUGGAGCAAAAUAUAACGUCUAAAGCUCCUAGUAUUCUUGGAGUUGGAAUCACUAUUAUCCUUGCUGAGGUCCUUUGUGUGAUAUCUGCCAUUGUUAUAUGUAGCAAUCCGACUAAUCGGAAAUUGCUGAUAAAUUCAUUCUAACUACGUAGAAGAGAUAUUUCAAUUCAUGAAAAUGAAGCAAAAUGCUAUCAAGAUGAAAUUAUUCAUAUAUGCAACAUCUCUAAUCUGUAGAAGCGUUUGAUAAAGCCCGGUGAGCUGAUAAACUUGUAUGUGCCCAUUGACCUGGAACACUCAACGAUUUUUCUGCUACGUCAUUUCAUCGCUACUUCAGCAUUGUUUUCCUUUUUCAAAAAAAUCUUUUUAUAAAUUUCAAACUAUCCAAACGGACAAAAUUCUUUUUUCUUUACUCUCUUGUAAACCUUCUUAGAACCAAACAGGUGCAAAGUAUUUCUUGUCCCAAAUUUUCUGUUAAUAAUUUGUGUUAUUGCAUCCAAUCGCCAUAAAAUGUCUUUAACAAACUACGAUAUUGUGAUUGUAGCACAGAUGAAGUCUGUUCGUCUGCAAUAAACUUAAAGGCGUCCA